CCUUACCUUUACUUUUUCCAUUUUUCAUUUAAAAAAUAUAUAUUUUCAGUUCAUUACACUUACAAAAAUAAAAACUGAAAUAUAUUUAAUUUUACAUUACUGUCUCAAGCCAAAGCCCAAAAGGAGAAAAUAUAUAUUGGAUCAAAGUAAAAAAGAAAAACAAACUUGACAAGUUCUAAAUUUGGGCCAUUUCACCUCCGUUGGGCUUCUUUGACUAUCCAAGCCCCAAUUUACCGGGAAAAUCUAAAAUUCCAAGAUAAACCUCCACUGUCCGUACCCCCGCCGGAAUCCAUCUUCCCGGCGAUGAUGCUCCCCAAAUUCAUGUCCCGGACAUGUCCCCUUCCACCUCACUUCAUCUGCACUACGCGAUUAUCCAUAAGAACUCCCGUUCUGUCUCAUAUCGCCAUCAACCCGACCUUCACCUCAACUGCCGGUGCUGCCGCAGUCUCACCGGCUACCGCCAAUGCUCCUCCCUAUGGUCCGUCCCUACAAAAAGGGCUCAAGCUUCCCCAAUUUCAAUCUCCUAUUGUUUCUAGCUCGCCCGAACCCAGUGCUUCGCUUGAGGAGGAGAGUUUCACUAGAAUCUUCGACGUUGCGGCUCUGCGAGUCCCCUCCGACCUCUGCUCCUCCCUGGAAAGCAGACUCCGAGGCCACCUCCUUAACUGGCCCCGCAUUCGCAACGUUGCUAGGGUUUCGGGAGAUGAUAUCCAAGACGAGCUCAAAGAUUUUCUUGUGGAUCGCUCAAAUUCCGACGCAGAUGGUGAAGCCCUAGUAACUUUGCAACGCAGGAUUUACGGAAAGGCAGAACGAGAUGGAGAGAAGUUGAGUCCGGUGCUGUACAGAGAUAAGCUCUCCAGAACUUUUGAUUCUAGAGGGUUUGUGAACUUCAGGAAUUUAGCCAAAAUUUCGAGGCCAAAAGAGAAGAAGAAGAAGAGGGGGGAUGGGAAGGAGAGAGUCAAGAAAGGGGUCGGGAAAAAUGAAAUGGUAUUGAUUGAGGUGAUUGAUGAAGAUGAGAGUGAAGAUGGAGACCUGAGUGGGCUAUUGGGGGAUGAAUUCAAAGGGAAUAAAUGGAGAGGCCCAACAAGAUUGCUUCUUUUGGAUGAACAGUAUGCCAAUAAGGAGUUUGAUGAAAUGCCUGAAGCAAUCAAGGCAGUGUUUAGAGAACAUGGAGGGAGAAGUGAGAGACCUAUUGUUGAGAUUGUUAACUGCAGAUUGACAUUGUUUUACCAGUAUUGGCUUAUGGAUGAGGUCUUAGAGGUUAUACUUCCAAAAGGGAUGAUUGUUCCUUCUACCUUCGAAACUGUUGGUCACAUUGCACAUCUGAACCUUAGAAACGAGCAUCUUCCUUAUAAGAAACUUAUUGCAAAGGUAGUUUUAGACAAAAACAAGCCAACCAUACAAACAGUUGUUAAUAAAAUUGAUGUCAUAGAUAAUGACUACAGGACGAUGCAGCUUGAAAUUUUGGCUGGAAACCACUCUCUUGUCACAAGAUUGGUUGAAAAUGGAGUUCAUUUUCAAGUUGAUUUAGCAACUGUAUAUUGGAACUCUAGGUUGGCAACAGAAAGGCAGAGGCUGCUUAGUUCCUUCAAACGUGAUGAUGUUGUUUGUGAUGUUUUUGCUGGGGUUGGACCCCUUGCAAUAUCUGCUGCCAAGAAGGUCCAAUAUGUAUAUGCCAAUGACUUAAACCCUAAAGCUGUUGAGUAUAUGGAAAGAAAUUGUGUUCUCAAUAAACUUGAGAGGAAAAUUGAGGUGUAUAACAUGGAUGGGAGGAGGUUCAUUGACACAAUUUUUUCCAGUCAAAAUACUCGGAACAUCACACAAGUAGUAAUGAAUUUGCCAAAUGAUGCUGUCGAGUUUCUAGAUGUAUUUAGGGGAUUAUUCUGGAAGAACACCAAGUACAAGGAAUCAACCUUUCCAAGGAUCCAUGUAUAUGGGUUUUCAAAAGCCCCAGAUCCGGAAUUUGACUUUCACGAGAGAAUAAGAAUCGCAUUAAGAGAAGUUGCCUUUGAGGUAGACGUACGAAUUGUACGUGCUGUUGCACCAGGAAAGUAUAUGUUGUGCGGAUCGUUUGUCCUCCCAGAGAGUGUGGCAUGUGGUAGACCUGCAUAAUUUAUUGGUGGGUCCCAGCCUGCAUAUCUGUGGAAAAAAAAGAAAAAAAAACCAAAAGGAGAAGCUGGAGAGAGUAAAAUUUGUGGGUGUAAGAACAAAGGCCAAAGAUGGUGGCAAUGCAGAAGUGAAUCUGAAGUCAGAUAUGGUGCUGUGUAUGUGUUGGGACCAAAAGAAAAAGAUGGGGCAUAGUGAGAUGGGAGUGGGAGCUGAUUGAAUGUCCAGAAGAAGAUAAGUGCUCACGCAAGAGGAAGAAAGGGGAGGGUAACAGUUACUUGAAGGGUAGGGUGCCCUAAAGGCAAACCCACUGGGUAAUUAACAGGAAAGCUUCACCAACCCCUUCCCUCCCCUUCACAGCCAUUUAAGAUGAAAUGUGUUAGAAUUGGUGUAAAUACCCACAUCUCACUUGUAUC